AUGGCUCGUGACGCUUCCGCAAUGGACAAAUGGCCCGCAUUGCGCAGCCCCGCCAUACGCAUGCAGGAGCUCCACGUCUCUCUCAAAUCCACACGCCGGCUACUAUACCAGAACUGGCCUAAAUGGGAUGCAGACAUCGCUCCAGACGCGGAGUCUACUGUCCCUAACUGGCGUGCGGAAUGGGAAGGCAUAGAGAAGGAGGCGAACGCUCUCGCAGUCCUCGUCAAGAAGGGUGGGUGGGGCCGGUACUCAGCGGCCCAUCUGUGGUGCUGUGGGAAGCGCAUGAAGCGGCUGGACCGCAAGUUCGCUUCCGUCACACGACGACUCGUUGCCUUCAACAAGCAAACCUUUACUCGCCUAGACGCAAAGCUCGACCCUCAGAAUCCAGAUUGUACUUCGACGUCCAACAGAGGUUUACUCCCGAAGCUUCCUGAGAGGCCGUCGCCAUCGCUGAUGGAGGAUCCGGAGCUCGGUCGUAAGCAUGCAAUGCACAGCCCAGAUUCAGGAUCUUCUAACUGA